AUGGAUGUGAUGCGUAAUAUAACUUUGGAAAGAGAGAAGUUCUACGCAACCCACGACUUCAAGAACUUAGCGAAAAUUGAUACCGUGGAUUUGGUGUACACGUGGAAGAUGGAUUUCAAUCGCAGCAUGUUGGGUGCUGCAACACUUCUCAUGCCCAAAACCACAGCGUCACCGUCAUCGAACACUAUGCCGACCUGGGCACAUAACUCCUGGGUGUGUCUCUUCGCAGCUAUGCUGGUCGUCGCUAUUGGCGGCAAUGUUAUUGUUAUAUGGAUAGUCACAGGUCAAAAUUUAAGUCACGUGAAUAAGGACACCUUGGCUUGA